AUGGCUCUUACUAGUGGUCUAUUGACUCUUACUCUGGACAAUACGGGCACGCCCGUCUGCAAGCCUUUUGUCACAACACCUCUGAGAGACGAGGGGACGGCACUAGCAGAACCCAACCGGAGCUCGAAUUCUAAGGACGAGAAGAAGAUGGAGACGCCGCUGAAAUGCACAGGUUUCGACGCCUCCUUGGGUCGAAUUUAUCGUUAUCACCCGGUCCCUACCUUGAUUCUUGAUGAGGAUUGGUGCAUCGUGGAAGUUUCAGACAGUCAUUGUACCUUCUCAGGUCAAUCUAGGGAUGAACUAGUAGGCACUUGCGCCUGCGACGUUCCGGUCUACAUCAUUCCUGCGCCGGACACUUCUACUCUAUAUGGAGCGCUACGUACAGCUAUCAGCUCGAAAGAGGUUCAAAUCAUUCAGGGUAUACACGUCAAAAGCAAAAAUUCGAUAUAUCAGCUUCGCAUAACGCCAAUCUUCGAAAAAUCGUCACUGAUCUUUGUCGUAUUGGAGGCACAAGACACUUCAAAAGAUCACUGGGUCGCGACGGAUGAACAGCACACCUACAUGAACGAAACUUACAAAAUAUUGCUCGAUGCUGUGAAAGAUUACGCCAUCUUUAUGCUCGACACUCGGGGCAACAUCACCACGUGGAAUCCUGGCGCCGCGAUAUUGAAGGGAUACUCUUCCUCGGAAAUCAUCGGCAAGCACUUCUCCAUUUUCUAUAGUCCUGAGGACCGUGAUAUAGAAAAGCCAGGUAGAGGUCUAGCACGGGCUUUACAGGAGGGACGGAUGGAAGAUGAAGGCUGGCGAUAUCGACAAGAUGGAUCGCGUUUUUGGGCCAACGUGAUGAUCACGCCCAUUCACCAAUUCGGUCGUCACGUUGGCUUUGUCAAGGUCACGCGUGACCUCACGGGACGGAAGGCUGCUGAGACACGCAUGGUCGCAGCCUUCGAGGAGUCAGCGAAGAUGAAGACGGAUUUCUUGGCAAAUAUGAGCCAUGAGAUACGGAACCCCAUGAACGGUAUGCAGCUUGCGCUCGCGAUGAUCAAGGACACCGAUCUUACCGACCAGCAACUUGAAUACGCUUCGAUCAUUGAGGACUCGACAUCGAUCUUGCUCCAGAUUAUCAACGACAUCCUCGACUACUCGAAGCUGUCAUCUGGGUCUUUUUCUCUUCACUCCGACGUCGUGGAUAUCAAGGGCAUUCUUGAUGCUGUGAUGCGCAACUGCAGGUCUCUCUUGAAACCCGGAGUUGAGCUGGAUUGUUCGAUCCCACCGGACUUCCCUAAAGCUGUGCGUGGUGAUCCUUUACGGUAUCGCCAGGUGGUUCAGAAUAUGCUUGGGAACGCAGUGAAAUUUACGGAGACCGGCUAUAUUCGACUCUCUACUACUUUCUCUCUCGUCGAAUCGGACCCGCAGGCAUACAUGGUUACAACAGAGUUUGCGGACACUGGAGUUGGAAUUCCUGAUUUUGCUCUCAAUACUCUCUUCACACCUUUUACGCAAUUUACCGAUUCCGCAGCCCAGAAGUACCAAGGCACUGGCCUUGGUCUUUCGAUUUGCAAAACUUUAGCUGAGCUUAUGGACGGUACGGUGGGCUAUAGGCCUGGUCCACAAAGCAAAGGCAGUGUGUUCUGGUUCACAGCCAGAAUGGGUCGCAUAGACAUAGGCUAUUCAAACAAGCAGCCUGCCAUGCCUUCAAUCGAUGAUGCGAAGGACCUCUUGAAUAGAGUGCGGGAGAUUGCGCCGCGCAAGCGUAUUUUACUUGUCGAGGAUAACCUUGUCAACCAUAUGGUAAUGCUCAAGCUUCUUCAAAGCCUUGGUUUCAAGCGCAUCGACGUUGCCUGGGACGGGGCGGAGGCCGUUCGACAAGUCAAGCAAACGACUUUGUCCUACAAUGUGGUUCUCAUGGACAUCAGCAUGCCGGUGCUAGAUGGUUUGGAAGCGACAUCGCAAAUCAGAGGCAUGGGCAUUGACGUGCCUAUAGUUGCCCUUACAGCAAAUGCGCUAAAGGGAGAUAUGGAGACGUAUCUUGCUAAGGGGAUGAAUGAUUAUAUCGGAAAACCGAUCCACCGCGAACAGUUGAUGCAAGUCCUCUGGAAAUGGAUGGGGACCUGA